AGAACUCAUAUCCCCUCACCAUGAAAGUCCUCAUCACCGGCGCCACGGGCAACAUUGGAGGGGAGGUCCUCCUACAAUUUCUCCAGCAUCCAAGUAUUACCUCAGUCGUAGCAUUAUCCCGGCGUGACAUACCCAGCGAGUCGCUUCCCAACAACAACAAGUUUAAGAAUGUGAUCAUAAAGGACUUUGGCCAUUGGAGCCAAGAUGUUAUGGACAUUAUACAGGAUGCUGAUGCGAUGUUCUGGGCGAUGGGUACCAACGACACAUCACCAGGCCCGAACUUUGACUGGCCACUUGCAUUCCAGGAAGCCAUGUUGAAAGCCCGCGAAGGACAGACACGCACAACACGGUUCAGAUAUGUUCAUCUGAGCGGGAAGUGGGUUGUACAGGACCAAGAAGCAUGGCUUUUGUUUCUCCAGAAAACAAGAAGGCUUAAAGGACGUGCUGAAAUUGUGUGUCUCGAGUUCGCAAAAGAGCACACGGAUACUUGGCAAACCUUCAUUAUCAAGCCUGGAGGAGUUGUUACUCCAAAUAUGUUUGGAAGGGGUUUGUGGAUGAUGUUACUGGGAACUGAUUGGUUUAUUCAAAGUGAACAACUCAGCGCAUAUGUUGCUGAACUGAUAACCAUGGGGAAGGAAGUCGAAGGACUAAUAUACAAUAAGCGAAUGCUAGAAAAGGGACAAGCAUUGCUACAGAUGACAGCAGAAAGAACUUAA